ACCAACUAUGAGUCUCUCUCUACAAUGUGGUCUGAAACGUACGAUUUUCCAGUGCAAUGCAUGUGCUGACGCUGAGGGAGCUUCAGCAAGGGCAUUUAGGUCAGACGUUAUUAAGUGAGGGUGCAGAAAACAGUACAGGUACCCUCAGGUGUUACGGCUAUACUACUGACACACCAUAAGGAACUCGGGUCCAAUAUGUGGGCUAUCAGUGAUGGGACAAGGAGUUUGAGAAUGCAGAGGGAGAUGAAUACCAGGCCGACAUGUCCACCCUGGCAUCGCCAGCCUCUGGUGGCAGCCCUGAUGUCUACGUUCUGCCUCUGAGUGAAGUCUCACUGCCUGUCGCCAAACAACCCAGCCGUUCAGUCCAACUCCUGAAGUCAACAGAUGCAUCACGCCAUAGUUUGCUCUACAUUAAAGAGAUUGGGCAUGGCUGGUUUGGCAAGGUAUUGUUGGGCGAGGUGACCUCUGGCCUCAGCAGUACUCAGGUGGUGGUGAAGGAGCUCAAGACGAGUGCCAGUAUUCAGGACCAGAUGCAUUUCUUGGAGGAAGCACAGCCUUACAGAUCUCUGCAGCAUCCUGCUCUCGUUCAGUGUUUGGCUCAAUGCACGGAGGUCACGCCCUACCUGCUGAUCAUGGAGUUCUGUCCUUUGGGUGAUCUGAAAGGUUAUCUGCGCAGCUGCAGAGCAGCAGACUCUUUGACUCCUGAUCCUUUGCUCCUUCAAAGAAUGGCUUGUCAGAUCGCUUCUGGACUUCUGCAUCUCCACAAACAUGACUUCAGCCACAGUGAUCUGGCUUUGAGAAACUGCCUUCUGACAUCAGAUGUUACUGUCAAGAUCGGAGACUAUGGCCUCUCACACAGCAAGUAUAAGGACGAUUAUUUUGUGACAUCGGAUCAGACCUGGGUACCGUUACGCUGGAUUGCCCCUGAACUGGUGGAUGAAGUUCAUGGCAACCUACUGGUGGCAGACCAAACAAAACAAAGCAACAUUUGGUCUCUUGGGGUAACUAUAUGGGAGUUGUUUGAGUUGGGGAACCAGCCUUAUAGACACUACUCUGACAGACAGGUCCUCAGUUUCGCUGUGAAGGACCAACAACUUAAACUGCCAAAGCCAUUGCUUCAGUUUCCUCUUUCUGACCGCUGGUACGAAGUGAUGCAGUUCUGUUGGCUUCAGUCAGACCAGAGGCCUAAUGCUGAGGAAGUUCACUUACUGCUCAGUUACCUGUGUGCCAAAGGUGCCAGUGAGGCAGAAGAAGAUUUUGAGAGGCGCUGGAAUUCAAUGAGACCUAACAUAAUUCAUGGCAGUCUGCAUGGGUCUGGUCCCCUGACCCUGGAGAUGCCACAAUCCUUGACAGCCUCAUCCUCAUUCCCUUUACUGGAGCAAUUUUCAGCUGGUGAUGGCUACCAGUCAGAGUCAGGAGAUGACAUUCUCACAGUUACUGAGACCAGUCAUGGUCUGAACUUUGAGUAUAAAUGGGAACAAGCGAGAGCUAAACAGCCCUAUCCCUCCUCAUCCACCACUGGAACAUUAGGUAAAGGGAACCCCCAUUGCCAGGAGGUCUAUUACCCUCCAGGAGGUAUGGUAGGUGGAUGUGGCAUUGAUGGACUCACCUUAGGGGUCUCUCCCCAAUACUAUGACCCCAAACAAUUACACACCCCAGGUGUUGUUCCAGUUCUCAGUGCACAUAGUCCGUCAGUGAAUAGCGAGUAUUACAUUCGUAUUGAAGAGCCAGUAGAAUGUAAUAUUGACAUGGAGUACAAAAUGUGUGCAUACAGCCCUGAAUUUGGGGGCAGCAAUGGCAGCUUUCUAACUGGUAGUGGAGACUCAGGGGAUUGUAUGAACUGUCCUUCUAAAGGCAAGCCAAUUGAAGCAUACUGGUCAGCUGACAUCCAUAAAAGCAGUGUCUAUGAUUCAGACAGCAGUCCAACCAUGUCCCUAACUAUGGAGCCACUUCUAGGUCAGGUAUCUGAUUCCAGCCCACUUAGGCCUUGGGAGUCAGGUCAUUAUGUAUCAUACAAAAACAGGGAUGGAGGCUAUUACUAUGAACACUCACCACCACUGGGUAUGGAUCACUACCUGAUUGGAAGGUCAUCAGAACCCAUGAGGGAGAGCUGGGGGUCUCGAAGCCUGAGGCAAGCAUUGGGUGAGCUAGAAGAACCCUUAGGGAUCUCAACCUCUCUUGGCAGCCCCCCACAGAGCUAUGGUGACCCUUACCUCGAGAGCAGCCAAGGGUCAGUAAUUGGGAAGAAUGUAACUGGAGGAUACUAUGACAUGAUGGGUUCUUUGAGAAAGGUCAUGCCAGGAAACCAUUCAGUGUGUAUUGACAUGGAAUCAGGGGGAGCGGUGUUUGUGGGGCAAGAUGACAGUGACUCAGAAGAGGAGGAUGAUCUAUUCAUUGAAAGGCAGGUAAUGAGCUGGUCCACCAACAACUCAACAAAAAACAAUUUGAGUUUGUCUCGAAGACAGUCAUCAAAGCAAGAUGCAUAUGCAGACUUUCAUUACACUAUGCCUAUGACUGAUGUUGAGGAUGCUUGGCCAGAGAACCACAGUCUCCCAUAUAGUUCUACCAAAACGCUUAACUACCUGGAAAGCAGAGCCAAAAGCAAUACGUGCCCUGUGCAUGGCAGACAAGCAUCGGUAUCCUCAGCAGACUGCAGCUCCUAUAUUCAUCUAGGUCAUGAACCCAGAGAAGCAGAGGUGUACCCUGUACCUUGUUGUCAAGCUUUGAGCAACUCCCAUUUUGUGGAUCCUCUUACAGGGUCAUUAGUACGAAAUUGUUUCAUGAAUGACAGUAUUUCAGACAAAAACACAGGCAUACCCAGCAGAAGCCCACAGUUAGGCCAAGCUGCCUUACCUACUGGGCAUUUAAUGUCCAAAUCAGAGACAACAAAAACCCAUUUAAAACAGACUGAACACUCAGAAUAUGCGGACACUGAGGUCAGAGAAGGAAUCUAUAGACAAGACAGUACAGGACAACAAGAUCUUAGGCAAAUUAACAUGGAAACAGAGAUUUUAACCUCAACUCAACAGGAGAAACCCAUUCCUGAGAUCUCUUCCAAAGAGCCUGAAUCGGACAGAAGCAGGAUGGUGGACAGUGGUGUGGAACAUGGACAUUCCAGUACCAGUCUGGUGGAAAUUGAUAAUUGUAGUGAUGAUGACAUCACAGAUGUAACCUCUGAGAGCUUUGGGGACUUCCCAGUAGAUUAUGGUGAGACAGCUGACUACACCUCCCCUUCAUUCAAGUCAUUGCAGAAGCAAGUAGGCACACCCGACUCCAUGGAUUCCAUAGAUCUACCAUCUACUGCAGGCUCCAGUGAGACUCUGAGCCCAACCUCUCUCCAUCCUUCAAAUUCACCUAGAGCUAUGGAUAGUGGCUAUGACACAGAGAAUAAUGAGUCUCCUGAAUUUGUCCUCAAGGAACCUCAUGAACCACAAGAAACUAUAACCUUUAUCCAGCCACUGGGGAUGUCAGUCAUUGACUCAUGCCCAAUCAUGGAAGAAAAAGAAGGGGAUGGGGCAAUGGAUAUGGAGCAAGUGGACGUGGAGGAAGGAGUCACCUUGAAAACAUCUGAGAGCACUGGAAACCUGACUGUACUAAGUGAGAAAACUCCAUACAGAGAUUCUGCUUACUUUUCUGAUACUGAUGCAGGGAAGGAGAAAGAAAGCGAUGUAGACAGAGACAAAGGUUUUGAUGAUCUUGAGAGGAAAGAGGAGGAAACAAUGCAAGCAACAGACCAAAAAACACUACCAACACCAGUGGUAGAACAAGACAAAGAAAAGUCGAAUGUUCUGGAGAUAGAAGAAAUCGGUGAAAAUAUCUUCAAUGAUCUUCAGGAAGGGACCCAACAAGCUCUACUCUCAGAGGAAGAUGAAAAGGUUUCUCCUAGUUCCUCUGAACCAACUUUUAUUUCUUCUUUUUCUCCUGAGGUAUGUGAAUGUCCAGUAAAUGACACUGUCCAAGAGGAAGGCUUUGACCUAAAUUCAGAUGACCCUCAAGAAUUGCCAUCUGAGGGUCAGUUAUCCGAUUUCACUGCCUUGCCAUUUUCUGAGACCAAGCAAGAAAACCAUAAAACUGAGGAGACAGAGACCACCCUUGCUUUUGAACCAUCAGUGGCAGAAAGUUUAGUCGAGGACAGUAAUGUCGAGACCGGUCUUGAUAGCUUUAUCAGUACAAAUGAAGUUAUCCAGGAAAAGCAAGUUACUGAAGAAGCAAUAUCCAGCACAAGUUCAGAGGCACUAUCAGCUCAGGACAAUAAUGACAAAGUGGAGAUACUUAUAUCAGACGCAGCCAAGAGUGUUUCAGCAGAUAAAACUGAAGGCUUUGACCUAAAUUCAGAUGAUUCUCAAGAAAUGCCAUCUGAGAGUCAGUUAUCCGAUUUGUCAGACUCAGCCAAGUGUGUUUCAGCAGAUAAAACUGUGGACAAGCAUGAGACUCUAGAUGGUAAUUCAAAGUAUGGAGUUCAAUUUCACAAGAGCUCCACUCGUCCUUCUUCUCCUCCUCCUCUCCCAUUACUUGAUGGACGAGUGUCCCCAGUGGAGAGAGGAGAAGCUGAUGAUGAGGACAGGGAUUCAGAGGACAGUGAUGAAUCAGACGAGGAGCUGCGUACCUACAGUAUCCAGGAUCAGAGUGAGGAGAGUGAGGAUGAAAUCCUACCAGUACCCAUCAUUGUGAGUGAUUGCAGUGAUGCACACAAUCUCAGAAGCCUCCUCAAGAUGCCCAGCCUGUGCAUCGAUAACCUUGGUGAUGAGUCCAAGAAGAAGGUGGUGUCCUUCUUUGAUGACGUUACUGUCUACGUGUUUGACCAAGAAAGUCCAACUGGAGAACUAUCGGAACAUGCCUUGCCCCUGGGAGGUGAGACAAGCACAGAGAGUGAAAGGUGCACAGUGUUAAACCAACAGGAAAAGGCCAAUUCCACUGAUGACUCUUCAGAUGGAAACGUUUCAGAAGAGAGUACAGGGUUUGAGUGGGAUGAUGAUUUCUCUUUGUUGCCAUUAUCCACCUCAUCAAAGGAAUCAUCUCCAGACAUCAAGGCUAAACCAAGCCUUCCACCCAGUGUCACAAAUGACAAGCCUGUAGUGCAAUUUUCACGUUUCACAGUUUCUCCAGCCCCAGUUUCACGUUUCUCCAUCACUCAUGUUUCUGACUCAGAUAUGGAUUCUGCAGGAGGAAGCAGUGAGGAUGGUGAAAGAGAAUGAGCACUGAACACCACUGCCAUCUAUGUAUGUGGAGUGUUCUGCAUGGACCUCUUUUCUUCACAUCUACUGGUCUUUGCAUUGAAAAUGAUACUGUUUCCAAAAAUGCUUGGGAUCUCAUCAAGGACAGUGCCUAUUACUGUUUGCAAGUAGUUAGAUAAUAGUCCUUAAUGAACCAAUCACAAACGAACACAUCUGUGGAGAUACACUUCUUAAGAAGAAUAUUAUAAAUUGUGAAAAUCCCAAGUAAUCCCAUCCCAUGUUUGUUAAAAUCCUACCUAUUUGAAACUAGUGACAACUUUGAAGGAACUACAGUAUAUAUACUGUGAACAUGAUAUGGGAUCUUUAUAAAAGACAUCACAUAUUUUCAUGAAUGAUGGGUAUGAUCUUGAAAUGAAGGAUACAAUCAACAUUUUUUUUCCUCAGAAAAGAACUGUCAAGCAAACCAAGAGACUUUUUUCAAAGACUUUGACUGUGAAGUAAUGAUGAACUAAUGAACAACGUUGCUAAAAUUAUUUAUGUUGCUAAAGGAAGGGAAAUUUAGUGAGUGUACUGUACUGCUUGUGAACUGUUGAUUUUGUUUGAUUAAUUUUUUUUUCUUUUGAGAAAGCAAACACACCUUUUUACAUUGCAUUUGUUUGAUUGGGCAUCAGAGCAACAGCCUUGUGCAUCUGUCACAUAAUGAAAAGUAGGAGACUUUUACAAGCUGCCUAAAAAUAUUUGGGAAAGAGGAAACACAUAGCUGCCUUGAGUCAGCCAUCUACUUGUAAGUAGCAGAUUAUACAGGGUCAUGAAACAUCACGAGACUUAGAUCAGCUCAAUCAUGAAACUACAAACAGGAUCUCUGAUGAUUUUUUUUUUUUAUUUAUAUUUUUGGAGAGGCAAUGUUUGUCUGGUUGAUGAGUGCAGUCCGAUGAACUACAACUACUUUUCCAGUGUAUACUUAUUAUUUUAAUUUAAGUUAUUGUCAGUAUAAUGCAAAAACAAUAUGAAUGGUUUUCAAAAUCAUGUUUUACUUUCUACUUUUCCUUGCUUACGCUUGAAUAACUUCAAUUCUAUCUUCAGUGCUUUCAGUCACCUAUAACAUACGGUACAAUUUCAUUUUGGCCCGAGAAUCCGAACUGCCAAAAAAAAAAAAAAACACAACACAAUCAUUUUAAAUGCUCAAGAACAUAUCAAAGUACUUGGUACUGGACCAUUUAGUCUUUUAGUUUAUAAAAAAAAUACAUUUUAUGAUUGAUGAGUAUGUAUAACUGAUGCUCUACAUGUCUGCUACUUUAUGAGGACCAGAGCUGGGGAUACUGUAUGUUAUGUUUAGGGUGUUUAUAGCAUUUUUAAAAAAAAAUUAUUUAAUACGUGAUGCCUCUCUUGUCACGUUUGAGAAAUUUAUAAAGAAACAGAAUGAGGAAAGACGUACUCUAAUGGCAUUUAAUGCACAGCCUAUGGACAAUGUAUUGCUAUGAUUAUUUAUUAGAAUAGACAGAAACUACUGAACAAAAUGUACUGUACUUGUUAAGUUGCAGAAUUGCUGUCCAAUCUAAGUUAAGUUUCAUUUUCUUGUGAACAUUUUUUUUUGGGAAAAAUAAUUUUCUCUCUUAGUAAGAAAUUGUUUGACAAGAUAAAAACAAAUUUAAUGCACUCUGCAGAUGUCUGUACUCUGGAUCCCAAGCUAGCUAGCCAACUGAAGUUGGAAAGAAAAGAAAAAUAUCAUCCUCACAGUCCUCUCAUGUUCAGUGUUUGUUUGCCUCUUAUGGUAUCAUUGUUCUAAAUAGGUUAGCCUAGACUGAGCUAGACAGGAUUCUGUACUAUUUUUGUAUUUCUAUGAAACAGUUUUAAACCCUAAACUGUAUUAUAAUGUUGCCGGACUACAAGUUUAUCAUCGAAUAUCUCCUGCCAAAGAGAAGCAUGUACUGAUACACAUGGGGUUGUUGGCUGGAAUUGCUGGACACCAACAUGACUUGAUAAUCAUGGACAAUGUAAUUGACAAUGUAAUCUUCAUAUGAAAUCUGGCAAAAAAGGGUCUCAGUCAUUAGACUAACCCAUGAGAUUAUGAUGAUUAACAGUGAAGGAAAUCUUGUAGACGAGUGUAAACAGCAAAGACGUGGUUGAAUGAUGCUAGGAAUCUAUAAAGAUAUAAAUUGGUUAUUUGUUAAAUGUUAUGUGAAUAUCUGUCCCUCUUGGGUGUCACAUGAUCAGUGACUGUACACAAACAAAUAAAUUAAUUGUUUGA